ACCCCACAUAGUAGCACUACACUGCUGCCAACAGACAUGGGUUGUUAUGAAUGCUGUAUGCGCUGCCUGGGAGGAGUGCCGUACGUCUCUCUGGUGGCAACUCUACUGUGUUUCUCUGGCAUUGCUCUGUUCUGCGGCUGUGGACAUCAGGCACUUACAGAGAGCGAGAGACUCAUCGAAACCUACUUCACCCGAAACAAUCAGGACUACAUCACCCUAGCGUACAUUAUUGAGUAUUUCCAGUAUGUUAUCUACGGCCUGGCCUCCUUCUUCUUCCUGUACUGUAUAGUCCUGCUGGCGGAAGGUUUUUACACCACCAAUGCGGUCCGGCAAUCAUUUGGAGAAUUCCGUAGUACCACUUGUGGCCGCUGUCUCAGCACAACGUUCAUCGUGAUUACAUACUUCCUGGUUGUAGUCUGGUUACUGGUGUUCUCCCUGUCUGCACUUCCUGUCUACUUCUUCUAUAACAUGGCAAACACCUGUCAGACCAUUAACUUCCUGUCUGAGACGCCCUCCAGCAUCAACCAGCUGUGCAUCGAUGCCAGACAGUACGGUUUACUUCCAUGGAGUGCAGUUCCAGGAAAGGCUUGUGGAAUGACCCUGUCUAAUGUAUGCAAAACAAGAGAGUUUUUCCUGACAUAUGAUCUCUACAUCGCUGCCUUCGCUGGAGCGGGGAUGACAGUCUUGGCUCUGCUCACAUAUACUGUGUCCACCACCUAUAACUUUGCAGUUCUACGGUAUCUGGGGAGAAAGGGCAUCAGUCCACGGUGUUAG